AUGCGAGAGAGAAAGGCGUCCUCGUCCCUGCAAGGGGCCCGUCCUUGCUCCUGUUUUCCUGCUGGCACCUCCACAGUUGCUCGCCUCAUCGAACUCGAGGCCGUUUACGACUCUCCGCUUUCUCCGACCUGUCGACACGCCCCCCCUCCUGAGAUCCAGUUUCCGGGAUAUGGCCUACAAACUUCCGACGAGCGCGCAUGCGCUCGAGCGUCUCACCUGGCAGGUCCCUGGACAGCCGAGCCGCCAGCAGAGCCGGCGUGUCCGCGGUCGCACCGCCCAGCUCGUGGCAUCGAUGCUUUUCCUUUCCAGUCGGGCGCCGCCGUUGCCUCGAAGGAGGAAACUGUUCGCCAAGGGAACGUUUCCUCUGAGGCAACGGGUGCGAACCUCUCACCUGCUUGUUAUUCCGUUUUUGGUUCCAGACCGGCCGAUGCGUCGAGGCCUGUUCCUCCCAAUUCCGUGCACCGACCUUGCUGCCCUGCUUCGCCGCGCUCCCCCGGACGAGGCAACCCCCCCCGACCCUGUGCGCAGGCUCUGGAAAAUCGCAGCUUGCCGGCGAGGGCUGAGGAAGGGAGGCGGACGUUUGCGGGCAGCGGGCGGCAGCUACGGGGAGAGCUGCCUGAUGGCCGACCGGGCGACCAAGCAAACCUGCAUCAGUUUGCGAGGCAGAGGCGCGACUGUCUCCAGAGGCUUCAGUGCUGUCCUGACCAUACACACUCGCCCCCAAGAGCACGCGCGUUUCCGUCUCAUCGCUUCGCACAUCCGCUCCCUUCUUUUGAUCCUUCCCAAGCGCCUCGCCCGCGUCAUUCUCCUCGGCUGACUCUCCCAGUGUCGCGGCGUGCAAGGCCGUCCGGCGGCAACGCCGUGCCGGCCCUUGUGAAGGCCACACUCGCUGCAGGCCUAGAGCCGUGUCGCCCGCCUUCCGGUGUUUGCUCGCGCCUCUCUUGCCAGGAGCAUGUGACUGCAGGGCUGCUCCCUACUUCCGCGGAAUCCUGUGCAUGCAGCGGCGUACAGAGUCACCUACGGGGAGGCGGCGACCGUCCUAUACACGGAGAAGCCAGCGGUGUUGUUCAACCGCUGCUGCAGGCCCGCGGGUCUCAUGCAGAAAAAGAAACCUUCUGGACCCUUCCUUGUCCCUGCUCUGGCAAAUGCAACUGGUCCGACUCGGACAAACCAGGAUAUCCGUGUGGCGCGCAUGUGCUCCGAACCCCCUGUAGAAUGCGUCCCUUCUCCGCGGAUGAAGACGCAGGGUAUGCACUCGGGGGCUGUGGCUCUGCUUCGCCGUCUGUCGCGAGCGCCCAACCCCGUAGAACUCAAGGACCACAAGGCAGAUCCGGUCCACGGCGGCACAGUGCAGAAACCCCCCAGGACGCCCCUUCGUGUGCGAAAUGCGCACCUACAGCGGCCGCCGCGCGCCGGCUGUCUCAUACACGCUCGUCGAGAGCGAAACGGUCGGAGCAAAAUAGUCCCGCCUUCUCUGAGCGGUGCCCGCAAGGAAGGCCGAGCGAGUGCACGCGGUGUGGACCAACAGACCGAGAGAAUGCCAAACAGAGAUACCGCAGGCAUUCGCGAGACACAGAGGAACAGCCGCCGGCCCCCGACGCUGGCUCUAGAGAGGUCUAUCAGACGCUGAAGCGCGAAGGCGACGCGUGCAAGAGCACUAACAUGCGCGUUGCUCAGGAACUUGCAGAGAUCACACGCCUCAUUCAAGGCCGCGCUGUUGGUCUACAUCAUCAGGAGAGGACGACACGACGACUUUUGGGACAGUUGAAUGCGCAGCAACAGUCGACGGUUCAGGAGCUCCAAGGCGUUGCCCAGAGCCUGCUCAACGACGCUGUGAAUAGAGUUAUCACAGUGUCCUCGGAACAACAACGCCGACUCCUAGUUCUGUCUCAGAACCUGGCCCGGACCCUUGAGGGUCUUGAGCGCCCUGGGCGAGGGAGGCAGGAACUGCCCGAGCGACAGCGGCCUGUAGUGGAGUCGACAAGGAGUCUGAAACGGGGACAGACGCGCUCGAAACUCUUCCUUGGCAGGAUCCGCGUUCUCCAAGAAGAAAACUGUCGCCUCGUCGACCUCCUUCGAAACUUGCCCUCACGUCAGGCCUCCACGGUUUCCAUCGGGUCUCGCCUUCCUCCUCGCCCACUGCCUGCGACGCCUGCCUCCUCAAGCACGCGCGGGGCGCAUCCCGGCUCCGUACCCUCGAAACCGGCGUCUCGUGCGCAGAGGGCCGCGCCGGCUUCGUCCUCCGCGCCUUCGCCUUGCACCCAGACUACGCGCGCCAAACCUCGGCCGCUGUCCAGCGAACGGCGUGGGUCGCCGCGUGCCGUUCAGGCGAAGGCCCACUCUGCGCAUUCACCGAAUCGGCAGAAGCCGAGCGCCUGGCGAGCGCUGUUGAGGCACCGCCCGCGACCGGAGGUCGCGAGCCCAGGGAGAGACGCGCGCCUCGCCUCUCAACGGCCCGCGCCGGUUGACGGCAGGAACCGCGCUGCCGGGAACUCGCGAGGGGAGGGAAGUAGGGAGGACAGUGCGGCGACGGUGGAAACUGAAAACGCGAACGCGUGCAGAGACUACGAGGACGCGCAACACAUUGCGAGUAGCGUUGCCGAGUGCUCCUCUUCCCGACCCUCUGCAUCUCUUUGGAAGUCGCCUCGGCCAUGUCUUCACUCGGGCACGGCCUUCCGGGUAGCCCCUCCCGUUCAGGAGGAGGCGAGCAAGUCUCGUCGCGGUCGUGCUCCAGUUCGCGGAUCGUCUAGCGAAAGGCCGGACCCGGAAAGAGGGACAGGAGUGUCUUUCAGGUGGACAGGUUCACGGCGCAGGUCUGUUGAUGCCCUGGACAGCUGGAGGCCCUCGGCGUCUGAGGCAUCGCCGGCGUCUCACCAAACAGAGCACCAGGCGCUCGCCACCCGUCGUGGCGUCCACAGCGUUGCUCAGGGCACCUCGCGAUGUCCCGCAGGCGAGAGGGGAGGCCGUGGAGAUCCGUGGAAACCGCUUUUUCGUUUCGGCGUUCCGCGUUCGCACCACGAGAGAGGGGAGGGAUCGGCCUCUUCGUCUCAGGCUCUGCCCUUCGUCUUGCGGGAACGAGGGCGCGGCGAAGCGAACAGCACUGGCCGCGAGCGGGUUUCUGAAGCCUUUGCGUCCCAAGACAAAAACGCCAAGGGACAGACCCCGCUCAGGCCAACCGGUUCCGGAGAGAAGGACACAUUCCUGGCAGCGACACCGGAGGCAGGACGAGUUGUCUCGACGGGCGAGGAAGACGAUAUGCAGACUGCGGCCUUACGGGAGGCCGAGCGCCUGCUCGAACUGGGAACUCGGUGUGAUUUCGGACGUUUCCAGAGGUCCCUCGUAGACGGUCAAGCGCCCACGGCCUGCACGGAGCCCGACCGAGACAGCGGGACGCCGUCUUGUUCUGUGUUCUUGUCGCUUGUCGAUGGAGCGAAACAGCGUCUCUCUUCAGCCACCGGAAACCCCACCGUCUUCAGUCCGGGAAACAGCCACGGUGCGUUUCAAAGCAGAGACUUUAGUCGCGCCCUGGAAAGGCGCGUUCACAAGCCUGCCGCGGGACGCCAGGCAACACCCGCACGGGGAGCUGGAGAGACUGGCCAGAACCCGCCGCAGCCCACAUCGACACACGCGUCGUCUCGCCAGUCGAGCUCUGAGUGUGAAAGCGAGGCUGGCGCCGGCGAGAAAGAAAUCGACAUUUCGCUCGAUGCCCUUCCGCCCAGCUCUGUGGCGCUGAGCGCGCGGGUUGCAGAGGCCAUCGCGCGCCUCAGCAGCUCAAACCUGUUGCCGAAGUAG